AUACUAGGUCGUACCUUCAGAUCCCUAUAAUGUGUGUACCAUGACAUGAUUAUUACUCUAAGGUACCAUGCCUUUUAAGUCAUAAAUAUUGAAAAAAUAUGUCACCAGCAUGAUACUUUUGUUACAGAACACUAUUGACCCUGUUGCUAGCGGUGACGUCACUGUGGUUGGGUGCCUCGGCCCUAAAGGCUCAGCAGUACCUGGGAGGGGCUCUGGUCGACUUCGAGGACCCUAAGGUCCAAGGUCACCUGGACGCGCUGGUCCGCAUGGCGCAGUCCUGCGUCAUCAAGGUCAAGGCCGCGCCCAAGGACGUCCGCGCCUACUUCACCAACACCGCGCCCGAGACCCGUCCGGGACAGUGCUUCGCGGCUUGCAUGCUGGAGCAGAGUGACGUCGUCAACCAUGGGAAGAUCAACCACGAGUUGCUGGUGCACCUGGCGGGUCUGGUCAACGGCCGGAACUCCCGCGUGGUGAAGAAACUCAACACCGUCUCCCGAGUGUGUCUCGGCAGCAUCAAAGGUAUAACGGAGCGUUGCCAGCUAGCGUCCACAUACAAUAACUGCUUGAAUCAGAACAUGGCGGAGUUCGCGUUCCCCCUGGACAUCGCGGAGGAGGCGGUCAGACGGAUGCCCUUCCAUCUCGUGCAACCCAAGAUCGAAGGUUUCCUGACCAUGUUUUCGUCUUCUGAGAGGGGAAAAUGA